AUGUCGAGCAGCAGCAAAACGGACGCUCCAUUCUUCCCCUCCCCUUCCGACGCCUUCAUUGACGCUUUCAGAUCUUAUCGUAUUCAAGCGGGCGACGAUGCAUCUUUAUUGCCCAAUCCUUUGCCAUUCUCCUCACGAGCACGCUCAAGAGCAGGAGCAGGAGCAGGAGCAGGAGCAGGAGGUGGGCAUGCAGCGGGCAAGAGUGGAGGAGCAGGGGCAGCAGGAGAUGCAUCACCCGGCGGCUUCUUGCUGGAUGAGGUGGAGCAGGAGCAGGAGCAGGAGCAGGAGCAGGAGCAAGUUGCAGCAGCAGCGGCGGGUGGAUUCUUGGUUGAGCAUGACACCUCGUACAUCUCCGAGGCGCGUGCGGGUGCGGGUGCGGGUGCGGGUGCGGGUGCUCGCAUUCCAGUGAGCGUCAGCGCUGUACCUCCGCCCAUCUACCUGCCGCUCUCUUACAUUCCUCAAGCUCUAGCCACGCUAGGCCUGUCGCAUUCGGAUGAUCAAGUGUUGCAUCUGUUCCAACAGACGGCUCAACGCGUGCCUGUUUCUGCAACGGCAAGGAGGAGGAGAGGAGAGGCGAUGCGGGUGGAGGAAAUGGUGGUGCAUAGGCAUCAGUUUGAGCAGGUCGUCGGUGUGCUUUUAGAGCAGCAACGGCAGCGGGGGCGUGAACGUUCUGGUCAAGGAGAAUAUCAGGAGGGUAAAGAGGCGUCGCAGGAGGAGGAGGAGGCGUCGCAGGAGGAGGAGGAGGCGUCGCAGGAGCGUCGCCAGCCUGUUGCAGAGUCGGCGUCUUUCUCUGCAUCAGCAGCAGCAGCAAGACGUAGCAGGAGAGCGAGACCUUCUCGUUCGGCCAUGUACGAAGCGCAAGCUUCUUCAGGCUCUGAUGAAUCGGACGGCGAGAGGUACAAGCAGAGCGAAGAGGAGGAGGAGGAGGAGGAUGAGGAGCAAGGAGAGGGGAGCGACGACGAGUCUUUUGCGGGCAAGAAGCGUGGUCGAGGGGCAGGCAAAAGAAUGAAGGAUGGCGCCAAGAGCAGAGCGGGUAGAGAAGGAGGUGCAAAUGGCAAGGGCAAGGGCAAAGCGGCAAGAUCAAGCACGCAGCAACAGCAGCAACCACAUGACCGAGAUGCGCAAGAAAAUGCAGAGGUGGAGCUGCUGAAUGAAGAUCAGAGGGAAUUCGUAUCGGCUGCGUGGGAACUCUUGGUGCAGAGGUUGCCUGUCGCGACGAGGAGGCAGUCGUCUCAUGGAACAAGAGACGUGCGCAUCAAUGUCGAGCUGCUCGCGUCCAUCAUCAAGGGCUUGGGAGAAAAGAUGGGCGAAACAGAGGUGAGCUUUUGCGUGGCGGGGAGGGGAGGGGGGCACUUGUCCCUUGUCCAUCAUGAUGGCAUGUAGGCGAGAUGAGAUUUGGGCGCGCAGCAAGUUCCAGACGCCGAUGGGUCCGUCUAAUAUGACCGUGGAGUCCCGCAUCUGACCCCCCUUCUUGCCUUUUGCAUUCCUCACUCCCCCCGCCGUGCACCCCCCACGCAACACAGAUCGAAGAGAUGAUCUCUGAAGGCUCGCUAUUGUGGGCUUCGUGCACCGGUCAUGCACGACCCAAGACGAACAGCGAGGGUAGGGACAGCGUAGGCAUAGACGAGUGAGUGUGCAAAACUUGGCUCCCAAGCCUCUACAUUUGCGCUUAGCUUGGCUGCGCAUCGUCAUACCAUCUCGCACGCUGAGCCCCCACUCUCUUGACGCGCCAGAUUCGCAGGUAUACUGCUCAAAGCUCGCGUCAUAUGA